AUGGCUGCUGACAUGAAGACUUUGGUGUCACUCCUGCUGCUGGGACUGUCGCUUGUCACGAGGGCAGAUUGCAAGUUUCGUUUUGCUUCGUACUAUGGAGAUCACAUGGUUCUGCAGCAGCAGCCGGCACGUGCAGUCAUCUGGGGGUAUGGUGAGCCAGGUGCCGGUCUGACAGUAUCACUUGAAUAUGGGGUGAAAGCUCUCUACGCAACAAUGAUGACCAUCAAUGCAGAUGAAGGGGUGUGGAGGGUGUUGCUGCCUGCCAUGGAAUAUGGGGGUCCCUACCACUUGGUGGCUGAACAAACUACAGUGAAGACAACCACCAUCUACCUGAAGGACCUUCUCUUCGGUGAUGUCUGGCUGUGCAGUGGACAGAGCAAUAUGGAGAUGACUGUAAAGCAGAUGUUCAAUGCUAGUGAGGAGAUGAAGAUGGCCUCCAAUUACCCUCAUAUACGACUAUUCACAGCUGCCCUAGUACAGUCUGGUACGGAACUCCAAGAUCUUGCCAAGGUGGACCUGCAGUGGUCACUUCCAACCGCCGAAAUCCUCGGACAUGCCGACUUUGCCUACUUCUCCGCAGUGUGCUGGGUGUUUGGGCGACAUUUGGCACGCAAGCUGAAGUAUCCAAUAGGACUGGUGGAAUCCUCCUGGGGAGGCACUCCGGUUGAGGCUUGGUCAUCGAAAACUGCUCUGAAAAAAUGUGAGCUCUUCAACUCGAGUGAUCCAUAUUUUGACAUACUUGCCGGCCCAUGCAACUACUCCGUCUUGUGGAAUGCCAUGAUUCACCCCCUCCUCAACAUGACCAUUAAAGGAGCAAUAUGGUAUCAAGGGGAGCAGAACACAGGCAUGAACACGGAUCUGUAUAAUUGCACUUUUCCUGCCCUCAUCUCAGACUGGCGACGUAGCUUCCACGAGAGCUCCCUCGGCCAGACAGACCCCAACUUCCCUUUUGGCUUUGUUCAGCUGUCUACAUGCCAGAAAUCUCAACAAAAAGACAACUAUCCUGUAAUCCGAUGGCACCAGACUGCCGAUUAUGGCUAUGCACCUAACCCAAGGAUGCCAAACACAUUCAUGGCUGUGGCGAUGGACCUCGGAGAUGAAGCAUCGCCAUAUGGAGGCGUUCACCCAAGGGAUAAAGAGACAGUAGGGUACAGGCUCUAUCUGGGGGCACGUGCCAUUGCCUAUGGGGAUAAAGUCCAAUUCCAGGGUCCAUUUCCAGUUCGUUUCGACAUCUAUUAUAAAUACCUGUAUAUGAAUAUUACAUACGACCAGAAGCUCCUGAUUGGUGGUACCUGUGAUGAUGUAUUUGAGGUAUAUUGCAGCACUGACAAAGGCAAAAGCUACAAGUGGUUUCCUAUACCAGCCUACUCUCUGAUGAUAUCUGCAAACACCGUCACCAUCUCAUUUGAUGGAUGCCCUGCCGUUCUAGGAGUCCGCUAUGCCUGGGAUAUUGGCCCUGCGAAUACAAGAAAUGUCCACUCUACAGUCUCAAACCUCAACUUCCUGCUCCUCUAUUUGUGAAAUAUUUUGCCGUUUGA